GUGAUUUGGCGUAAAGUAGAAAUGUCAGCGUUUGUUUACUAGAGACAAAUUAUUAGAAAGCACCUUAUAGAAGCUGAUUAGAAAGCAACAAAAUUUUAAGUAAAUGUUGUUGAAUUAAUGCCUAUUUCUACUUUUAAAAGUUCAAUUAUAUAUCCAAAAGUUUUCCCAUGAUACAGAUUACAGAAUGACCAAAAUUGCUUUACACACUGAUUAUUCAAAUUUUUUUAUAGAAGUAUGAAGAAAAGGUUUGUGAGUGGAGAUAGAAAAAUUAGCACUUUGCAACUUAUUGAGAUUUGGAAACACAUUGCGGAGCCUGCAUAAGUGUUACAAUGACCUGGUGUGGAAAAUCAUUGCAGUGCCAGAUAAAAUGUUCAAAGCCUUCUGUAAUUGAUUAAGGCCUGCUGUCUUUAAAUCCUGGGCAUUCAGAUCUAAAAAUUACAGAUUUUUUUUCUAUUAUUGACUGAUCUUUCCCUGAAUUGUGCUCUAGAAAUAGAACUAUUGGAUUUGAGUUCUAACACUUGAAUGUGUUAAACCUCCAUCAAUGAGAAAACUGGUAGGUAUCAUUUGUAGUUUCGGAUAUCUGCUAAAGAUUAAUAUUUCUUCAACUGAAAAUUUAUAUCUUGAUAUUUUAAUAAAUGAAAGAAAGCAUUAGAUUUUAUUAGAAUUACUUUGAACUAUCAGCAUCCAGUGAUAGGUUUGUGAAUGAACACUUCAAAAAUCAUGAAUUCUAGUCAUAAAACAAUUUCCCUUGAAAUCAAGGUUUUGAAAGAAAAACAUAAAAACUUUUUUUAUUGUCAGGAAUUUAUUUGUGUUGUUUCUUGUAAAUUGUGAGUUAUGUGAAGAAUUGUGAGUUAUUUAUAUUCUAUGUUCCCUGGUAAUAUUACAUUUACAUGAACAUUUUUGAAAUACAGACAGUCAGCUAGGAAUUUUAUACUUCAUCUUGCUUAAAAUUAUAUGGAUGCUUCCAUGUCUAGUCAUUUUCUAUGCCAUUCAUGAAUUCAAGAAAAAAUAAUUUAUAUUACAGAACAAAAUCUGUAUGUUAAGUAUGUGCAGUAAAAGCUUUAAUCAUCAGAGUGUCAAGCAGUUUCUUCAACUAAAUGAAGUGAAAGAAAAAUCCCUCAUGCCUACCAUACGCAACAAAGCAUUUAAUCAGUUUGGUAAUAUGAAGAAUCCUCUGCAGACGAAUGAAGAAAAUAAACCUUUCAAAUGUGAUGUAUGUACUAAAACAUUUCCUGUGAAAAGAUAUUUAAAGAAACAUAUGCAAUUACAUACAAACGGGAAACAGCAUGUUUGUGAAAUAUGUUAUAGAGACUUUUCCCUGAAGCAUCACUUGAAAAGGCAUUUAGCUACACAUUUGAAAGAGAAACUGUAUAUAUGUAAAUUUUGUAACAUGUCAUUUCAUGUUAGGUCGAAUUUAACAAUGCAUGCACAGAUACAUGUGAACGACAGACUAUAUGCUUGUGAAAUGUGUGGUAGGAGAUUUAUCCGGAAGCAGCAUUUAAAAACACAUUUCUUGACACAUACAAAAGAGAAGCUAUUCAUUUGUAAUAUAUGCGAAAAAGGAUUUUCUCAACGGUCAAAUUUAAAAACACAUUUACAAGUGCAUACGAAAGAGAAGCGGUAUGUCUGUGAAUUGUGUAACAAGCAAUUCUCUCUGCACCAUCACUUAAAAAGACACAUAAAUACACAUAUAAAGGAGAAAGGCGCAUUUUCUUUUAAAUCGAAUUUAAAAACUCAUUUAAUGACACAUACCAAAGAGAAACCAUUUGCUUGUAAUCUGUUCGACAAAGCAUUUUCUCAGCAGUCGAAUUUAAAAACUCAUUUAAUGACACAUACCAAUAAGAAACCAUUUUCUUGUAAUGUGUUUGACAAAGCCUUUUCUCAGCAGUCGAAUUUAAAAACUCAUUUAAUGACUCAUACCAAAGAGAAACCAUUUGCUUGUAAUCUGUUCGACAAAGCCUUUUCUCAGCAGUCAAAUUUAAAAACUCAUUUAAUGACACAUACCAAAGAGAAACCAUUUGCUUGUAAUGUGUUUGACAAAACCUUUCCUCAGCAGUCGAAUUUAAAAACUCAUUUAAUGACACAUACCAAAGAGAAACAAUUUGCUUGUAAUGUGUUCGACAAAGCAUUUUCUCAGCAGUCGAAUUUAAAAACUCAUUUAAUGACACAUUCCAAAGAAAAACCAUUUGCUUGUAAUGUGUUCGACAAAGCAUUUUCUCAGCAGUCGAAUUUAAAAACACAUUUACGAACUCAUACAACAAAGGAACCGUAUGCAUGUCACUUUUGCGAUAGAACUUUUUCGUAUGACUCAGCUUUAAAGACACAUUUACUGAUACAUUCUAAAUACUAACCAUAUACAUUAAAAAGUGAAACCAUUAUCCUGUGACAAUGUACUCAAAUAUUUUUUAUCAAAAAGAUUACUUUUGUGAACAUAUUCAAGAGAUAAAUGGUAUAUCUAUGAAUAUAUAUAUAUAUAUUAAAACUUUUCCUGGGCAGCUGAAUUUUAAAGCACAUUUAUGUACCCACCAUAGGAUAUAGAAGCGGCCAGUAUGUGACUUUUACAGUAAAACGUUUUCUUUUCAAGGAUUUCUAAAGCCAUAUUUACUAAAGUAUGUGAAAAUGAAAGGGUUUGCAAAUAAAUUAUUAAGUAAAACUUUUUCCUCAUACCCAAUUAAAUAUAUCUUUAUGAAUACUUAAGAAACACAAAUUUAUUUUACAAUAAAAUAUUUUCUUUAACAUUGCAUUUACUGAUAUACGCAAAAGAGAAAUUGAAUGCCUAUGGUAUGUAUAUUAAAACAUUUUUUAUCGAACUUCUUAAAAGGUAUAUUCUCGAAUAUAUAUAAUAGAGAAAUCAUCUACAUUUGAUAUUUGUAAUAAAACAUUCAAAUAGAAACCAAAUAUAAAGCUCAAUUUUCUAUGUUUAUGAAAUAUAAGCUAUAUAUCUGUAGAAUAUUUGCUGAGCAGUUUAUAAAAAAAGCACAUAGGUUACAAGCUUUUGUGCAAAUUUCCUAACCAAUAUAGCUUAGCUACAGGCAUGAUUUAUACUUACACAUACAAAAGAAAAACCAUAUGCAUGUGAUACUUGUUCUGAAACAUUUUAUCAGCUGCCAAAUUUAGAAAUCAUUAUACAGAUGCAUGCUGAUGAGGAAUGAUCAUAUUGAACUUCAGAUUAAAAUAUUAGUAGCUUUGAAAUUAUGCUGUUACUAAUAAUAUUGCAAGCUCCAGAGAGAGUUACCAGAGUUACAACUAUAAUCAUUGAAGUUUUACUUUGUAGUGACUUGAUUAGAUAAUAAUCCACCCAUUUUACUUACUUAAUAAUAUUUUCACAAUCAUGGCAACAUGUUUGAAAGUAUUUGGAUUUUUUUUGGUGGGGGUGGGGGGCUUAUAUAUAAGUUUUUGAUUUUGGGUAAAUUUCUGAAUAAAAACAUCACCUCGGCUUAUGAGCAAUUCGCUUAUAUUCGAAAAUAUACAAUAGUUAUGGAAAUUAAAAACAUGCCAAUCUCUAUUUUAUAUUAUGAUAAGUGAAUUAUUUGAUAUAUCUGUCAUCCCACAUUCUACCUCAUAACAAUUUUUGCUUUAUAACACCA